CUGCCCAUUUGAAUCGAUACUGUUCCUCUAUCCUGUGCUUCCACGUGAUUAUUAUUGUCCAUGAUUCUUCAUCUUCAUCUUCAUACACAAGCAAUCAUCCAAUUCAAAUCCGAAUCCAAAUCCCCAUUUUCCCUGCACCGAACGUGGUCGACUCCUUGCAUCGAAGCGGUUGCUGCUUUUUUUUGGCUGUUUUGGAUUCCUCAGCGCUUUUCUUUGACUGGUACAGGUACUUGUAUUUGCAUGCCUUUCAAUCCUAUAAUGAUGUCUCACCAUCCGCGCAUCGAACAGUGAUUUUAGAUGAUCCAUUUGGAGAGAGAGAAGAGAGAGCGAGAGGGUCAAUUGUGGAUUCGGAGUUGGAGCUGUACUGUGGUAAUGAGCUGCUAACUUUAUUAUGGUUACAAAUGCCUUCUUUUCUUAUUUUAUGAUAACCGAAUUCGAUGGUGGGGGACAAGAAGUGAAAAGGGAAUUCUCUUGUUCUUUCUCUUUGUCUCGAGGGGUUUUAUGGGCUUCUCCCUCACUCUCACUAUUUACUCUUUCGAUCUUUUCUCCCUUUUGCUUAGCCUAUAAGAGGUAUCUGUUCAUAUAUCUCGUAUCGAUUCCUGGAGAUUCUUCUUAUAUAAUAGGGUUCUUCACUGUUAGAAUAUUGGGAAUUCCUUCCUGUAUUGCAGUUAGUUUUUUUUAAUUGGAGCAGAGCACGACUUUUGAUUCUAUACUGCGUGUUUCUAGCUUCCCAAGUGGAUGAUAUAAUUCGUAUGGAUGGUCAACAUUGGGGAAACAUAUUGGUUUUAAGAACCUAGAUGGAAGUCAUGGAUGUCAUGGUGCAGAAAAUGUGACCUGUGCUCAUGGAAGAUUUCCAAGGGACUACUGAGAAUGUUUUCGCAAAUGGAGAUGUAUAUAUCGGCAGUUUCAAAAAUAGUUUGCUAUAUGGGAAGGGAAAGUACACUUGGUUUGAUGGAACAACUUAUGACGGUGAUUGGGAAGAUGGAAAAAUGACAGGUAAGGGAAAGAUUAUCUGGCCAUCAGGAGCAAAAUAUGAGGGUGAAAUCUCUGGUGGUUAUCUUCAUGGUUUUGGCACCUUCAACUAUUCUGAUGGGUCCAUCUAUAAUGGAGAUUGGAGGAUGAAUAUUCACCAUGGGAUUGGACAAAAACUAUAUGCUAAUUUAGACAUUUAUGAUGGAUCUUGGAAAGAAGGGAUGCCUGAAGGUUGUGGUAGAUACUUCUGGAGUUCUGGAAAUUCUUAUAUUGGGAACUGGAAGGGUGGGCAAAUGUGUGGUAAAGGGAUCAUGAAAUGGGUAAAUGGUGAUCAUUUCAUUGGCUUUUGGUUGAAUGGAUUUCGACAUGGUUCUGGGGUCUAUCAUUUUGCUGAUGGUGCAUAUUACUUUGGAUCAUGGAGUAGGGGCCUCAAGGAUGGAAAAGGAACAUUUUAUCCUGCUGGAAGCAAACCACCAUCCCUGGAGAAGUGGCAUAACUUUCUUGGUUAUGAUAUUCAUGGAAAAGGGUUUCUAUCUCGUACGCUGUCACUAAAUUCAGAGAAAGAAAAAGCUCCAAAGCAUGGCCUUAAGCACAGUUUCUCAGAGAAAUUUUCCGUCACUGGAAUUUCAAGUGCUGGACUAUCAAAUUGGCCUAGGUCGAUGGACAUAAAUUGGGGCUUAAGUGAUCCUACUCGAGAAGCAUUAGCUGAUGAAGAUUCUUGUAUGAUGUCCCAUACAUCUGAUCAAGGUCAACAUAAUGUAGCAUAUAAGGAUAGAACGGUUUAUGAAAGGGAGUACGUGCAAGGAGUGUUGAUACAAGAGAGGGUUAAGGACUAUGAAGAAAUAUUUCAUAGAAGUAAGGAACAAAAGAAAACUACUGUCAAAGAAGCAAGAAAGGUGUCAUGCAUUAACUUCUUUGAAAGUCGUCGGAGCUACUAUUUAAUGCUUAAUUUGCAACUUGGUAUAAGGUAUACUGUUGGUAAGAUUACGCCAGUUCCCAUGCGUGAAGUUCGAUCUUCUGAUUUUGGAAAACGGGCUAGAAUAGUGAUGUACUUUCCUGGAAAGGGCUCUCAGUUUACACCUCCACACUAUUCUGUUGACUUUCAUUGGAAAGACUAUUGUCCUAUGGUCUUCAGGAAUUUGAGGGAGAUGUUCAAACUAGAUGCAGCCGAGUAUAUGAUGUCCAUAUGUGGCGAUGAUGGUCUAAGGGAACUCUCAUCUCCCGGGAAAAGUGGAAGUAUCUUUUACCUUUCUCAAGAUGAUAGAUUUGUGAUCAAGACUCUGAAGAAAUCUGAGUUGAAGGUUCUACUCAAAAUGCUUCCUAAAUAUUAUGGUCAUGUAAAAGAACAUGAAAAUACCCUCAUAACAAAAUUUUUUGGUCUCCAUCGCAUAACAAUUUAUGGUCACCGUAAGGUACGCUUUGUGGUCAUGGGAAACAUGUUCUGCACAGAAUUAAAAAUUCAUCGUCGUUAUGAUCUGAAGGGCUCAACUCUCGGGAGAUAUACUCAUGGAGAUAAAUCCAGAGAUGGUAUAACAAUGAAGGAUCUCGAUUUGUCAUAUGAAUUUCAUAUGGACAAAUUAUUGCGACAAUCCCUUUUCAAACAAAUUUCUCUCGAUUGCAUGUUUUUGGAGUCUCUGAACAUAAUUGACUAUAGCCUACUGCUCGGAGUGCAUUUUCGAGCUCCUGAGAAACUGAAGGCUUUGUUGGAACCUCCUGCUACAGUUCAUAAUCCUGAUAAUUUACACCAUGAUGAUGAAGGUGAAUCUUCAGUAAGCGAGCCAAUGAUUUCUCCAAAGGGUCUAUUACUUGUAACACAUGAACCUAGCUCUGUAACCACUGCUCCUGGUCCUCACAUCAGAGGAAGACCAUUGAAGACCUACUCAUUAGGUGACAGAGAAGUUGAUGUAUUACUGCCUGGUACAGCGAGAUUUCGAGUGCAACUGGGAGUAAAUAUGCCAGCCCAGGCUAGCCACAAGCUUCUUGAUGAUAAGUCGGAGUCUUCAGAAGUAGAACUUUUUGAGUUAUACGACGUAGUUCUUUACAUGGGCAUUAUAGAUAUACUGCAAGAAUACAAUUUGAAGAAGAAGCUAGAGCAUGCGUGCAAGUCUUUAAGAUUCGACCCUCUUUCGAUAUCGGUCGUGGAGCCUCAUUUGUACGCCACACGAUUCAAAAGGUUCUUGGAAAAGGUCUUCCAUGACUUGCCAUGAAAAAUGUAAGUAAACCAGCUUGUAUCUGUAUUUGUUUUUGGUUUUUUGAGUUGUGCUCUCUUUCCUUUGUUUUUGUCGUCCUUAUUGUGUUCUGUGUUAGAUGAUUUGCUUAAGUUGCCUUUGAAAUAAAGAGUACAGGAUCAUUUUACAGUCAUUCAUUGUAAAGGUAAUAAAUGUUUAUUCAAUAAAUGGACCAUAGUUUUAUUCUACUGAGAGAA